GAAAUCAAACGAAAAAAAAAUCUCGCUCGAGUGUGUGGCGCUUUCGAAGUUCGGUUUUGCAGGGGGAAAAAUACAUAUUUUUGGUGUAAAAUCGCUUUCAAAAGUGUAAAAUCUGUGUUUUCGUAAAGUGCUGAACUCGCUGCGUUCGAUUCCGGACCAAAUCCGGUCAAAUUCGGUGGCGAGCGGUUGCUUUUCAGGCGGAGAAGGUUUGAUUUUACCUGGGGUGUUGUUUUUCGACCUGUGACAGAUUGCUGCCUGGCCUGCUCCAGCGAAGCAGAAAGUGAAGAGAGGAAAAAAAGAACGAGUGUUUGCUUGAAUUCCUCCGCGGAAAAAAAAGAGUGUGUGUGUUGGUCGGGAUCUGUGUCACCGCGAAAACUGGCCAAGCUGGAACGGAACAAACGAAACGACGCCGAGUGUUCCGACGACCCCGCGCCGCGCCCCGCCGCACCUCCCGGAACCGGUUCCGGUGGCCAGACCGAUUCCGGAACCCCGGUGGACGUGUCCGAGCCGAAGAAGAAAAUGAACGGACUAAGCUUCAGCGAGCUGUGCUGUCUGUUCUGCUGUCCGCCCUGCCCGGGCCGGAUCGCGUCCAAGUUGGCCUUUCUGCCGCCGGAGCCGAGCUACGACCUGAAGGCGGAGGAUGAGGCGGCCGGCAGUGGGGGCAAGUUUGCGCUCACGCUGCUGGACCGGGCCGACUGGCAGUACGGGGACCGGGAGAAGGAGUGCUUCGAGGCGUUCUACUCGCGGUCCUCGCGGGGGAACCGGAUCGCCUGUCUGUUUGUCAAGUGCAGCACCAACGCGAGAUUCACCCUGCUCUUCUCCCACGGCAACGCGGUCGAUCUGGGCCAGAUGACGAGCUUCUUCAUCGGGCUGGGCCAGCGGAUAAACUGCAACAUCUUCAGCUACGACUACUCGGGCUACGGCAUGAGCACGGGGAAGCCGACGGAGAAGAAUCUGUACGCGGACAUUGAUGCCGCGUGGCACGCGCUGAGGACGCGAUAUGGGAUUAGCCCGGAGAAUAUCAUUUUGUACGGCCAGAGCAUCGGGACGGUGCCGACGGUGGACCUGGCCAGCCGGUACGAGGUGGGCGCAGUGAUCCUGCACUCGCCGCUCAUGUCCGGCAUGCGGGUGGCCUUCCCGGCGACGAAGCGCACCUGGUUCUUUGAUGCGUUUCCGAGCAUCGACAAGGUUCCCAAAGUGACUUCGCCGGUGCUGGUGAUACACGGCACCGAGGACGAGGUGAUUGACUUUUCCCACGGCAUGACCAUCUACGAGAAGUGCCCGCGGGCGGUCGAGCCGCUGUGGGUGGAGGGCGCCGGCCACAACGACGUCGAGAUGUACAGCCAGUAUCUGGAGCGACUGAAGCAGUUUGUGUCGGUGGAGCUGGUCAACUGA